AUGCACACGCGGUUCAGACGGCUGACACUCGAGUCGCCCGGCAGCUGCCGAUGGGGGCUUGCUCGCCAUGCCUUGGCCGUGCGCUUGGACCCCAUGGCUCAGGCCGCCCUCGCUCUUCUCGCUCUUCUCGCUCUCGUGCCCGCUGCGCCUUCUUCCCAUUGUGGCGAAGGUACAGGUUUCAACUGCAAUCCAGCCUCCCAUGCAGAGCGCAGGCUGCGUCAGCCCGCAACCGAGGAACUGGGAUUGGCCGAGUCGACGUCACCUACCGCGGAUUUCGCAACGACUCUCCCCACCGCGCGCACGCACACGGCUUCGGUCGAGGCGGCGUGGCCAUGGACUGCAGGCAGCUUGCUUGGAUGCACGGUCGGUCCGCUGCAUUUCAUCCUCGUUGCCUGCCUUGCCUGCCACAGGACUCGGACCCUCGGAAAGUGCAACACAGACCGUCGCUCUGCCGUGCUGGGCCGUGCCGCUCUGUACCGGAAAUUGGACUGCUCCCGUGCAGCAGCAGCAGCCGCAGACAGUCACGGACACCUCCCGCCUGUCCGCCCCGAAGUCGCUCCCCCACCCUCUCUCUCUCCCGCUCUCUCGCUCUCUCUCUCUCUCAACACCCUUUCACUCGCACUCGCACUCGCACUCACACUCCUUCACACCCUCCGCGCUCUCAUCCGACCUCCCGCCACCCUCGUUCGUUGCCUUCCGAGUCACCCCGCGGCCGCAUCGUCAACAUCAACACCGCCGGCACUCGACUCUGACGACAAAUCUCACCGCUCCUAUCACCGCCAACGUAUUGCGCGCCACCCUGCACAUCUGCAUCCGCCUCAGUUCGCUUCGACGCUGCCCAGCACCGUCGCUCGUCCCUGUCUGUCCAAGCUGCCUCGUUGCGACCCUUUCACUCCCACCUCCUCCUCGGCCAAGCGUCUGCCACACCUCUCUGCUCUUGCAUCCUCAUCGGCCUCGAUACUGAUUUGUACUCUCGCUCCCCUCACUCUUUCCAUCCGCACGACUGCCAUGCAUCGCUUCGACCCACAUCCCUCCUCUCUCGCCCAACGAUCCUCCAUCGUCCUGCCGGGCACGCCGCCUCAGUCAGGUACUACAACCCCGCUCACAGACGAACCGCUACAAGAUACAUUGCUAAUCACCUCCACUGUGCAUGUCGACGCAGCCGACAAGCUGGCACCUCCAUCUGGCUUCACCGCUUCAUCGCUUUCCACCGAAACGGACAAGCCACGCUCCACUGCACCACACCAACAGUCUACACUAGCGCACUACCAGCACCGCGCAUCCCUCGCCAACCUGCGCACCGGUCGUCCUCUCUCUUACUACGACCCGGGCGAGAACAAACCACCCACCCCGCCUUGGGCUGACGCCCUGCCGCCCACCUCCGGACCCGGCUCCAUCGACAGUCUCUUGGACUCCAGCGCAGCCAUGUCGCAGGGCCCUUCCAUGCCCCAGAUGUCGCUGCUCUCCCAGGCCAUGCAGCAGCAUCUCACCCGUCAGCAGAUGGACGCAAUGGCAAGCCACGAUCCCAACGCAGCCAGUGCCACGCAUACUCCCAGCGGCUCGGCGCUGCCUUCGCCAGCACUCGCGGGGCCGGGCUCGCCCUUCAGCUAUGGUCCCAUGUCAGCUGGCGCCGAUGCUGCCUCGCGACCGUCUUUCCCCCACCAGGGCAGCUUCGGCGCCGCAGCAGCUCAGAUGCCGUUCGGCUCAUAUAUGGCCCAAUCACACAGCCGCAGGGCAAGCGGAUAUGCAACCAACCCGCACUCGGCCGCCCCCAGCGCGGGCCCAUCGCGCUCCUCAUCGCCCUCUCGAGCUGCGCAUGCUCCUUUUGAUGCGACGUCAGACCUCGCUUCGCACCCAGCACGCUCCUUCUCCGGCGCUAGCCAGGCGGGUCCAGACUACGGCACUUCCUUCGGCAGCCAGCGCACCCACACCAACGGCGUCCCCCACGCCAUGCCUGUUCACUCCAACCCUGCUGCCAUGACCGGUCCCGGAUCAUGGACAGGCCAGCAGGGUCUCUCCUUUGCACCGACCCCGCAGAACUCGUUCGUUCCCAACCAAUCGGCCAUGCUUCCCCCCAACAACUUCCAGCCCGCCUCCCUUUACCAGCAUCAGCCUCAGUCGCACCCGCAACAUCCGCAGCACCUGCAGCAACAUUCUCAGCAUGCUCAGCCUUUGUCCUUAUCGCACCAGCAGGCCGCCCAGUUCAACAACUAUCGAGGCGGUCCAGACGCUCUCCUCAGCCCAGAAGCUGUCGCCUCGGCCGACUUUGCGGGUUUCUUUGCUUCUGCUGGAGGUGCAACAGCCGCCGCCGCUGCAGCAGGCGCAGCCCCUUUGACAGCUCCAUCAGCGGCCGCGAGUCGUCGCUCAACCCAAGAUGCUCGCUCCAGGCAGAGCACCGCCGGCUUUCCAGACGAGCUCGGUGUCGACGCGCUGCCAGGAAGCCUGAACAUGAGCCGACGCGGCUCGGCAGGUGCCGAGGAUGCAGCCGACGACGAGUACCUUGAUCCCGACGAGAUGUCCAAGAAGGAUCCGCUCGCCACUCAGGUCUGGAAGAUGUACGCCAAGCAACGCUCGCAGCUACCCAACGGCGCCCGCAUGGAGAACCUCACCUGGAGGAUGAUGGCUAUGACGCUGCGCAAGAAGAAAGAGCAGGAAGCAGCGGAAGCCAAGCUAGCCCUCGAAGCGCAGUCCAACGCGAGCCGAAGCCACGCAUCGAGCGCACGUCACUCGCCUACUCUCUCGUCCAAAUCGGCAGGAGGCUCGCGCCGUAGCAGCGGCUCCUUCCCUGGUGAUCCAGCCGCGUUCGCCGGCGGAUUCACCGCGAUUCAGAGUGAUGCAUCCGAUGUCCCGGAGCAGCGUUCGCGUGCUGCAUCAGGAACAGGCGCCAACGCUGUGAAGGGAAAGACCCGCUUUGCUGAGGUCAUCCAGCAAGAAGAGGAGGAACGUGGUCGCCGAGGACGCAGCCCCCGAACGCCAGAAAGUGCCGCCACGCCCGCCGGCGCCGUAGACAUUGUCGACUGGAGGAUGAAGAGCAAGAGCCGCUCGCGCUCGCGCUCGGUAAGUGCAAUGGAUGUCGAUUGGCGUGGGGUGAGCCGUUCGCGCUCGCGUGCGCCCAUGCGCCUGGAUACGAUCGAUGACGAGGGAAACAUGGACGGCGCCGCCCUCUUUAGCCGAUCGGCGCCCAACGCCAACGCAUUUGACGGCUUCAACUUUGCCGAUCUGGCGCAGUUCGACGGCACCGACGCUUUCGGCGCGUUCGACAGCGCGCUCGACACGGACGAUUUUUCCGACCUGCUCCGUCCCAACGGUGCCAACGCUUUCCAGAUGCCCGGAUACGGAGGUGCUUCCGCCGGCGGCAGUGCACGCAGAACCUCGAGCGCCGCACGCAAGGUGCAGAUGCAGAAUGCCUUCCGCAGCGCGGCCAACACGGACCUCUUCGGGGCCGAUCUGGACGCAUGGUCGGCCGCGCAAGCCGAAUCCUCUCGAGCCGCUGAACUCAGAAAGGCGAGUAUGGACAUGGCCUCGAUCGGCGCUGCCAACAGCUUCGGCGCCCCCUUUUCGACGCUCGACAGCAUUCCAGGCAUUGGCGACUUUGUCAGCAUUGCCGCCAACCAGCACCCGGAGUACGGUUUCUUGCCCCGCUUAGUGCGAAAGACGAGUUUCGACCACAAGGUGCGCGAGAGGAGCAUGUCGCGAGGUCCUCGCAGGGAUCAGCUUGCGGCCGAGGCUGCCAACAACCGCAAGAGGCCGUUCCGCGACGAUCUUUCCCCCGCACGCCCGCCCAUGCAGAUCCCCAUCACCAUGGACCAACGUAUUGCGGCGGGUCUGUCUCGAAACAUCGCCUCGCUGGGCUCGCGCGGUGCGCCGACCUCGUCGCUGUCGCUAUCGAGCGUGCCUUCAGGUAGCUUCGACUUUGCUGUGCCGCAACCUGGCUCGCUUCCGCACCAGCAAUUGCCGCUCGGAGCCAACCCGGCACUCGGACACCCGACGAACCGUAGUCACGAAACUGCGACCGACUUUGACAGCUUGCUCGAGACACUUGCUUCCCAGGCGGGCACGCCGACCACGAACCUCAUGACUGGCGCCAGCGCCUCGCCUCAAACGGCACUAGGCAGCGGGUCGGGUGCUUCGCCCAUCACUCUGCCGAACGGCGCAGCAGCAGCUGGCCAGCAGAAUCCGGCGGACCUGGAAGCGAUCAUGAAUAUGUUCUACAACUCGGACGCCGGUCUUGGCGGACCACAGCCGUCGUUUACGCACAUCAACCCGAACCAAGUCUUCGGGGGCCCUAUCGACAACAUGGCAAGCUCGCUCGGCAACCUCACAGCUUCGGGAGACGAAGCGUCGUCGAAUUGGACGUAUAGCCCGUCGAGUGGCGCACCGUCAAACGCAGCCACGCCGCCCGGCCUACAGCACCACGCUCAGUAUCAUCGCUCGCCGCUGUCGGGCAGCGCCAAACGAGAGCUGGCGCUUGCUCCCGAGUCAAGUGCUUCAGCUGCGUCGCGGUCCAACGCGUCGCCAAGCAUGCAGGCGAUCCAGAAGGCGGCUGCGAUGAGCGAGGCUUCGCGCGGCAAGAAGGUCGGUUCUGGACCGAUGCCUGGCGGUCCAGGCGAUGCUGCUCGCGGUGGUCCGGGUGCCGGACCAGGCCCGAGUGUCAACCUCAAGGACCUGCCGUCGGCGAGCUCGAUGGCGACGGCCGACCCUCCUACGGUGUGCUCCAACUGCCAUACGACCAAGACGCCGCUGUGGCGACGCGAUCCCGAGGGCCAGCCAUUGUGCAAUGCCUGCGGCCUCUUCCUCAAGCUGCACGGUGUUGUGCGACCGCUCUCGCUCAAGACAGAUGUGAUCAAGAAGAGGAAUCGCGCCAGCGGUGCUCAGCGCGCCGAUGCGCGAGGACGCGGUUCGUCGGGUGGCGGAAGCGGCAACGCCAACAUCGCUCCGGCAGGCGGCGCCAACGGCACGGCCAAGAACGGCACGGGCAGCGGCAAUGCGGGAUCUGGACAGGGCUCAGGCAGGAGCAGGACAAACACGAACGUGUCGGUCGCGGGCAUCAGGACGGGCAACAUCCCGAUCGCCCCGGCGCCGACACCGCCUGUCUCGUCGCCAGGCAGCACGGGGCUAGGAAGCUCCGUCAAGGUCGAGAAGCGCCAGAGAAAUGCACGCCCCCCUUUCGCUGCCGCAGGCUUCUUUGCAUGGUGGUCUCUGAGGCGCCACUCGGCCAUGCGCAUCCCCACAGCGCGUGACACACCUACACCGCGCUGCCCAGCCAAAGACACACUUCAAGCCAAGUGCGUAGGUGCGUCGACGGCAGCUACGGUGCGCCAGCAGGAUGCGAUGCCGAACGAGGUGACGCCGCGUCGCCUGCCUCUCAUUUCAAAGCGUAUUCCACCGACACGGUCAGCUGCCUACCACCUCACCGGGGGUGGCGUUGCCAGUAAAGAUCGCAGUAGCAGCAUCGUCAUGGGCCUUGGAACUGGUUUUUUUGGUCGAGCUGCAGCUUUGGCACAGGACGAAGCGGAAAAAAUCGUUGAGAUUCUCGUUCACGACGAGCGCUCCUGUCUGAGCGGGGGGCAGCUCGGCGUCGAUAUGGCGGCAGCAUCAUCGCGGCCGCAGAGCGGGUUUCAGGCAGCACCGACGCCGUCUCCCAUCGGCGGGCGCAGCUUCAUCGACCAUGCCAAGCUGCGCAUCCUGCUUGCGCCCGUCGGCGACAUUGACGAGGCCGAGUUUGCCAAGUGGUGCGAUGCUGUGCGUUCAUUCGAGACAAUCCGCCUCGCCGACCUUCCCUCGUCGUGCGCCGCUCGACAGAAAGCAGCUCGCCACGCGGCUUCAGGCAGCUCCACUUCCGCAUCGACAUCGCCGAUUCUGCAGACCGGAGAGAUCCAUCUAUCAUUCGUGACGAGCUACGAUCCGGACCACGCCUUUCUCGCGCCGUUCAACAUGCACAGACAGGUGCUCGGCGCACUGGGCCUGGCGACGUACUCGAACAACGCGUUGAAUCGUCACGAGCUCGAGGCGAGUCCGUCGGCGCUGAGGGAGCUCCACCCGGGCGCGCUGGUGCAUCGUGUAUUCGGAUUCGACUCGGGAGCCAAACGGCCCGAGACCGUCGACCUCAGCUCGAUCAAGGACGACGUCGCAGCAAAGAUCAACAGCAGUCAGCGAAUAGGCUCUCCACUCAAUCCUGCGGCGGCCGAUGCGGCCAGACCAGGCUCGGCGGGAGGAGAGGAUGCGGCGGGCGGAGUAUCCACGCCGAAACUGCCUUCGUCCCCAGACGCCUCGGGCUUUUCAGCGCACAGAGACGGCGGACUGAUCAUCUUUCCUGCUGUGCGCAGGGAUGGCAAGGACGUACGCUUCUACCUCAAAACGUUGCUUGCCGAGCUGGUGGGCAAUAUUCUUGAUGCACUCGAUCACAUCGUCACAGGGCUUGAAGGGACGCCGCUCGAGACGCCACGAGAGACACUCGACGGCAUCGCGUCGAGGACUGCAUCGGCUCCCACCUCUUCUGCAAACACCGCAUCGUGGCUUGGAAAGACGGGGACAGCAGCGACGGGCGCCUCGCUUGCGGCCGGAAUGGGAGCAGCGGCCAGCCGUGCUUCGAGCCUGUUUGGCGCGUUCAGCAGUAGUAGCAGCAGCGCGGCAGGCAGCACAACCGGCGAUGUAGGGACAGGCAGUUCAACACCGACAUCUUCGCGGCCCUCGAGCGCGAUCGGUGGUGGAUCGCAUCCGUUCGACCUUGCCUCGCCAGGGUCCAAGACUGCCUCGCCCACAUCCGAGUCGACGCGGAGCAAGAUCCUCGCGGCGAAUGCGAACAAGAAGAGCGCCAAGCGCGUCACGAGUGCGGCGGCGACGGGACCGACCGGGUCGGGCCGGUACGCCAAGGUGCGUGCGGACCUGCACCUGCUUUCUGGCAAUCUGUGGGACGCACUAGAGGCGUAUUCGAGUGCGCUGGUUGCGCUGGGCAAGGAGCGUGCGCUUGCGGGCGGGCAGGAUGCCGUGUGGUUCGCGAGCGCGCUCGAGGGCUUCUCGGUCGCGCGUGUGCUGGUGUCGCGCAUGGGCGGGGCGGUGCUGGAGAAGGCGCCGUGCUUCGACCUGCCCUGGUCGGCAGCCAAUGCCAAGGAAAAGGAAAAGGACAAGGAGAAAGACAAGGACGGCAUCCCACGCCCCUACGCCAAGCAGAGCUGGGGCGAGGUGGCCGAGGCGUACACGAUUGCGCUCGUCAUCUACGCGAAGUGCCUCGCGCCGCCGAGUGUGCUGCUCGAGCCCGUGCGGUCGGUGACGAACGACUCGCCGAGAGACUAUACGCAUCCGCUCAUCCAUGCCAGUGCAUGCACGCAGUACGCGCGCUUCCUGCUUGCCGUCUGGGCGUCCGGUGGAUGGAACGGAGAGUGCUUCGACCAGCUCGUCUAUGGCGGUGUACCACCGGCGCUGGCGGAGGAGAAGCCCAGCAAUGCCAUGUACCUUGCGCUCACCGCGGUCUCGGGCAUUGCGAGACACGACAUCGCCGCCGCCGCAUCGUCCGCGCUCACCCACUCGAUCAUCGCACUCAAACCGACCGACCAGAUCACACUGCUCAGCACGCUCACCGCCAUCUUUGGGUGCAUCGGAUUCUCGCGCCGCGAGGCACACCUGCUCCGGCAGCUCCAGUCGACCAUUGUGGCGCUGCUCGUCAAGGCCAAGCGCGUCAAUGCGCAGCCGCCAGCAACGGCGUCUCUGCCGCUGCAGCAGCACGCGCACUUUGACAAGGACACCAGCGAGUUGUUGGGCAACAUGGUGGCGCAGACGACGUUCGACUCGCUUGGGCGCGGGCCCGAGGCAGUGCUGGUGCUUGCGGUACAGGUGUGCGAGACGUAUGGCAUCCAUGUGGAGCUCGAUCCGUUGCGCGGGGUGCCGCCGUUCCACAUCCUGUCGCGCGCGUCCGAAGGACUGCGCAGCGCCUACGCCUCGCCUGCGCUCGCCGGAUCGGAAUCGUGGAAAGCCGAUGGCAAUUCGCGGCCGUCUGUGCAGGCGGCACUGUUGACGCCCGAAGAGCUCGCGCAGGAAGCGCCGUACGGGUGGAAGGAGCAGCAGAUCGCACUGCUUAAGGAGGCCAUCGCCACCGCCGAGCUGCUGACCGACUACGUGGGCAUGGCGUUCUUCGGCGCCAUCCUGCUGCGUGAUUUCCACGCGCUGCUGGAUGCCGACGAGCAGCGCGAUCUCAUCGUCGGCAUGCAGCGUGCUGUCCAGGCCGCACGCUGGGCCGGCGCCCAGGACCUUAGCCUCAAGUACUGGGGUCCCGUUGAGCCGCUCUGCAGCCUUGAGCUUCUCCCGCUCGCGGCUGACAGGCUUCCGCACGAGCGCGAAGCGAAACACAUCUGGUCCGACCCAGCGCCCAAGGCAGAGGAGGGCGUGGCGGGGCUGAACAAUCCGAUGUUCAUGAAUCUCGCGGCGGCACGGACGUCGGCCAAGGCCAGGGCGACUGCGGUGCAGGACGAGCCGAUUCAUGUGAUGGCGACGUUGCAAAACGAGUUUGCGACCGAGCUGCACAUUGACAGCGUCAAGCUGGUUGCGGACGGCGCUGGGUUUGUGGCGGAAGAGAGCGAGAGGAUCUCGAUCCCGCCGCUGUCGUUCCACACGGUGCGGCUGACGGGCACGGCCAAGGAGGUGGGCACGGUGGCGGUGCGUGGCGUCACGCUGACGCUCGCUGGGGGAUGCACCGAGGAACACACGUUCCUGCUGCCGGUGUACGACGAGGACAACGUGCGCGAGCGGCGCAAACGUGCAGCCGAGGCGGAGGACCGCAAGACGCGCCUCAAGGAAUGCGGUCUCGACGCGCGCUCGGCCGUGAUCAAGCAGAAGGCCGCGGCGGCUGCUGGCGAUCCGAACCGCAAAGCCUCGGCGAACAAGUGGAUCGAGAUCACCGUGGUGGGUGCACAGCCGUUGGUCGCGGCGUACUGCGGCGCACUGAGCCCGCUCGGUGGCCUCGACAUGUUCGAGGGCGAGUCGCGGCUGAUACAGCUCGAGCUUGAGAACGUGCACGCGUCGCUGGCGGUCAACUAUGUGCGUGUGGCGUUUCGCGACGAUGCCAGCGAGGCGGCGCAGCAGGCGCUGGCGGACGGCGAGCUGCUGCCGGCCGACGUGCAUGAGGUGGAGUGGGACCUCGUCCACCAGCCCGCGCUCUCGCGCGAUUCCUCUGACACGCGUGGCGACGCCGUGCACAUCGAGGCUGGCGCGUCCACGACGCUGCCCGUGCGCGUGACGGCCAAAGCAGGCUGCACGUACGCGGUGAUCUCGCUCGAGUACGCGCACCUGGACCGCAGCAAGGGUGCGACGACCAAGGUGCAUGUGCGCAUGCUCGAGGUGGCGUUCCGACUGACCGUGCAUCCGGUGGUGGUGUGUCGGGACCUGACGAUUGUCCCGCUGCGCAGUGGUGAGGCAGAUCGACUAACACGCGAGUGUCUCGCCUCAGCCGAUGCCGUUCCUCCGCAUCUGCGGACGUUUGACGUCGAUGCUGAGACGCCAGUACCAAGCACGCCGGUGCGACUCGAGGGCAGCGAGGCAGAGACGGACGAGGAGUACUGCCUGGUGAGCAUCGAGGUGAGCAACGUGUUUCGCGAAGACGUGCUGGUGCGCUUUGCGCUCAACACGGGCGGACUGAUCCCACUCCAACUCUACCGCUUGUUGCGUGCGGGCACAACGACGCGCAUCGUGCUUCCGCAUCCACGCAUCGAGCUCGACGCCACCGGUCAGCCCGCAACUGGGCCAGCGGGAAGUGGUGGAUUGCCGGCGAUACCCUCGGUCUGGGCAGGUGCGGGGACACGACAAUUCAUCGUGUCAAAGCUGCAGCUGAGUGCUGUCGAAGAAGCCGAGAUGCGCGCGACGUUUUGGUACCGCGCUGCGCUGCUACAGCGGCUUGGGGGCGUGUGGAAGACGAUGCGCACGGCAGAAGCGCUUGCGGAGCGCGGUGGCAAGGUUCCUCUUCGCGGCAUGGUGACUGGUGGGCUGGAGAUGGACGCGGCGGAUAGGGAGGCGCUUCAGAAGCCUGUGGUGGGCAUCACGCUCGCGUUCGGGCCGAAACCGGUGCGGGCCGAGGCGUUUGUAACGGUGCGCGCGACCAUCACGAACCGAGUCGCACGCACGAUCCAGCCCAUCAUCCGACUUGUGCCCACGUCGCCCAACGAUGCGACGCACACCGAUGUCCAGCUGCUCGCAAGCAUGGUGCUGGCCGACGGAACAUGGACCGCCCCACGAGGGGACCCGAUCCAGCCAGGCGAGCAAGUCGACGUCGAGUGGAACGUGGCAUUCUUGUCGCCAGGCACGUUUGCAUUUGUGGUGAGCGUGCAGGAAGCCGAGCCACAGCAAGACCCCCGACUCGCACUCGUCUCACCCGCUCACACGCUCAUCGUCCUGCCCUGA